GUGUGGUCGACGAUGCGAGGCUGGAAACAGGGCUGGGUUUGAAGCUUAGAGCUAGGUUGAAGUUUGAGGGUUGGUUAAUUUGUAGAGAAAGUGUCGAGAAGAAAGGGAGAGAGGUAAUUUGAUAUAUGUAUAUAUUAAAUAGAUUUAUCUUUAUUAAAAUAAAUGUUUAGAUCUGAUUUUCUUCUUCUUUGAAUCAUAUUAAAGUUUUUGAAGUUGGCUUUGGCAUCUUAAGAUAUAUCACGAUAAUUGCUUUCUCAAUAUCACUGAAUUGCAGUUCCAACAUGUUUUCCACCCAUGCAAUGUGUUUGUUGUUUCGUCUGAAUGAUGUGAUAUAUGUACCUAUGGUGGGGACUUGCUCGAUGUUCCUUUCAUUCAUUUUUUUCUUUCUUUCUGGGUAGUAGUGGGUCCUUUUCUCACUAGUUAAUAACCUACUUUUUUUCUCUUAUUAAUUGGAUUUUUUUCCUUCAAAUUUAUGGACUCAAAUAAUUGAUUCAAUGACGUAACCGUGUUUUUCACUUACCCUUUUGCCUAUCUCAUUGCUUAACACUUUUAUUAGAGUAAUUCUACAGCAUUAUUUAUGUUUUUUUUUUAAUUAAUUUUCAAAGCUUUGUCUUGUUUACUGGCCCCUGAAGACUCACUAUUCUAAAAAUAUAAUGUAGGAGAGGCAGUUGUCUUGAGAAGCAUUUGUGCUUAUAAAUUUUGGCACACAAGGUUCAGUUGCAUAGAGAGUGCAUGCCAGGGAACAAGUACGAGAGUAACCAAACCUUGUCGACCGGUCGAGUUGUACGGCUAGUGAAUGAUAGGAAGAUAAGGAAAAAUAGCAGGACUUCUCAAUCAAACGAUGUAACUACUGAGAAUUAUAACAAUAAUAAUAGGGGGGCUCAGUAUAUUGAGAAUGAUGUCAACUUAACAGAAGAUGAUAAUUCGAAAGUUGCCACUGUUGGACAGUGCCCUGAAGGUGAUACUGCAACGACUAACAAUUAUGAGCGAUGUGAAAAGCCAGAUAAAAAGCCUGCUAGGCAACGGUUAUUGGUAGUUGCUAACAGAUUACCAGUCCCUGCUGUAAGGAAAGGUGAAGAUGUAUGGCAUUUAGAGAUUAGUGCUGGGGGUUUAGUCAGUGCUCUUUUGAGCAUGAAGGAGUUUGAGGCAAGGUGGAUCGAUCGGGCUGGUGUAAAUGUGCCCGAUACAGUUGGAAAGAAUGCACUUACUAAGUCUCUAGCCGAAAAGAUAUGUAUUGCAGUAUUUCUUGAUGAAGAGAUUGUUCAUCAAUAUUAUAAUGGCUACUGCAACAGCAUAUUGUGGCCACUUUUUCACUACCUUGGACUUCCACAAGAAAAUCAGCUUGCUACCACCAGGAGUUUCCAGUCUCAGUUUGCUGCAUAUAAGAAGGAAAAUGAAAUGUUUGCUGAUGUGGUUAUCAAGCAUUAUGAAGAGGGUGAUGUUGUUUGGUGCCACGAUUACCAUCUUAUGUAUCUUCCAAAAUGCUUGAAAGAUUUCAAAAAAUCAAUGAAAGUUGUUUGGUUUCUACAUACUCCUUUUCCUUCAUCUGAAAUUCACAGGAAAUUGCCAUCUCGAUCAGAGCUGUUGUGCUCAGUUCUUGCUGCAAAUUUAGUCGGUUUUCAUACAUAUGAUUAUGCACGUCAUUUCGUUAGUGCUUGUACUCGCAUUCUUGGAUUGGAGGGUACUCCCGAGGGAGUUGAGGAUCAAGGGAGGCUUACACGAGUGGCUGCAUGUCCCAUCGGUAUAGAUUCAGAUCACUUUAUACGUGCACUGGAGCUUCCUCAAGUCCAGGAACACAUCAGAGAACUUAAAGAAAGAUUUGCUGGGCGGAAGGUGAUGUUAGGUGUAGAUCGCCUUGAUAUGAUCAAAGGGAUUCCUCAAAAGAUAUUGGCCUUCAAAAAAUUCCUCGAGGAAAACCUUGAUUGGCGUGACAAAGUAGUUUUGUUGCAAAUUGUUGUGCCAACUAGAACAGAUGUUCCAGAAUAUAAAAAACUCACAAUCCAGGUCCAUGAAAUUGUUGGACGAAUUAACGGCAGAUUUGGAACAUUGACAGCUGUUCCAAUACAUCACUUGGUUCGUUUAUGGCCAUCUUAA